GAUGUAGAAAAAUUUAUUAAAUAAUGAAACGAUAUUUGUUAGAUUUAAGUAAACUGUUUAAGGACCAUCGACGGAAAGCUUACAUCGGAUACCGGCCUACAUGGACCACUGUUGCCUCCGUAAUAGGUACCAUACGCAGCACGUUCAACAUACAAUCGGACUUGUAUAUCUGCAGCGAGGAAGGAAUAUUCUAUCCGGAAGGUGAACAAGCGGAGUUAAUAUGUGACGAAAAAGUCAUAAAGGUACUGCCCAAAGGCUCCGUGGUGACAGAAAAAAUCCUGUCAGACGAUGAACCUCGCCAGCGACGCGUUUCGAAUGCUCAGCAAGAAAGCAGCACCUACGAAGACAUCGAGGCAACGCUGCUGAACCUACCUAAACCGAAGCGCCAUCGUGUGCGGAAGCGUAAAAUAAAGCAAAAUACUACUGAAGCUCCAGCACCUUCGCACUCCGGGCAGUCGUUAGAAAAGGUGCAAAAAGCUGUAAGCGAUUCUCAACGUAACGGACACAUUCAAUCCUUUAAUGAGGAAGCACAAUCAAGCGAAAGUAGCAAAUCGUCGGAUGAACUUGAGCUUCCAUAUAGGAAUCUAAAUCGCAAUAUGAAGGCAAGAGUGGUACGAGCAGUUUCCCCAUCAGAACUCAUCGAUCGGUCUGUUCGUAAUGGUUCUGAGCCAUCAACGGAAACAUCCUCUACAGCUACAGCUAAUGAGGUACCUUCGAAUAGUGAACAAACCCAAUCGAAAAUCACAAACACACUCAACAUAAAAGCAAGAAUUGUUCGAGCAACAAACGUUACCGUGGAGCUCAAGCAGGAACAACUCAAUGAAGCAGCUAGCGGCGCAAUGGAACAAUCAUAUCAACCGCAAACAACAGUAGAAGAUACCGAGGUAAUCGAAGUUGACGCUCCAACACAUGUCGACGGUGAAGAGGACACCCAUUGCAAGACAUCGGCAGUUUGA